AUUUACCAUCCCUAGCAAAGAGUGAGAAAAAAAGUGAAUCGAAUCGUCAUCGUCUUGGCCCAUUAAUUGCGGAGAAAAAAGAUUGUAGCGCCGAAAAAACGGUCAAGGAAGAGUUCCAGCGACACCGCAACGUCCAAUCACUCCACACGAAGAUCCCGUCGAGAGGUAGAGCCCAAGGUACCGGAGGGGAAACCAGACCAAACCAAACAACCGCCCAGCCCCGAUUUCGUGAAUCACCAGUGGAACUAUGGAGCAGACCCCGAUCACCGAUGCGGAGAAGGUGCGCAUCGUAUCGGACUUCAUCCUACAUGCGCCGCCCGGCGAGUUCAACGAAGUGUUUAACGAUGUGCGGGAGCUCCUUAAAAAUGACACUCUACUGAAGGAUGGGGCUAGCCACGCCUUCGCCCAAUACAACAAGGAUCAGCUGACUCCGGUUCGCAUCGAGGGCACCGAUCAUAACGCCAUCAUAUCGGAACACAACGAUCUGGGAAACGGUCGCUUCUACGACCCGCGCACAAAGCAAGCCUUCAAAUACGACCACCUCCGGAAAGAGGCUUCCGACUACCAGGACGUGGAGGCAGAUGCCACUGCGGAGCCCUGGAGGGCUGCCCUCGACCUGGAGACGCUCGCCUACACUGCCAGUCAUUAUAGACACGGGGUCAGCUCUGUCUUCGGGAAGGCGCAGGGUAACCAGAUCACCCUGACCAUUUGCGUUGAAGACCAUCAGUUCCAGCCAAAGAACUACUGGAACGGCCGAUGGCGUUCCCAGUGGCACGUCACCUUCCAGGCGGGCAGCGGAUCCGCCGAACUGAAGGGUGUCCUCAAGGUGCAGGUGCACUACUAUGAGGACGGCAACGUUCAGCUGGUGUCCUCGAAGGAGUGCCGCGAGAGUGUGGUGGUCAGCAACGAGCAGCAGCUGGCCAAGGAGGUUAUCCGCCUGAUCGAGGACGCCGAGAACGAGUACCAGCUGGCCAUUUCGGAGAACUACCAGACGAUGUCGGACACGACUUUCAAGGCUAUGCGUCGCCAAUUGCCUAUCACCAGGACCAAGAUCGACUGGAGCAAAAUCGUUUCGUACAGCAUUGGCAAGGAACUGAAGACGCAAUAAGACCAGGAGGUGCAAGCGGAAGAGGAGCGGACACAGUCGACAAAGCGGCCCAACAGUCUUCCACUUGCCAUGGCCAAGCGAGCAUAGGAACCGAUCACCAGCAUUAACACCACAGCAUCCAGAACGAAGUAGCAGGAAUACGAAAUACGAGGGCGGGCAGGUGCAGGUUCAGGUGCCAGCCGAAAACAAAUGUCUGUAAUUGGCUAUAUACAUACGAACAUAUACCUACUUAUAUAUAUAUAUACGGCCUGUAUUUAUACUGUGUUAUACAACGACGAAAGUGCGUAUACAUAACUACAUAUAUUGAUUACGAUCGGAGACGAUUUGAUUGCAAGGAUUUGGAUGACUUUAGCCUAACGGUGAACGAUGCACUGCCGCCUCGUCUGCGUCACGAUCGCCACCAUUUGUCGCCUUUAUCGUUUAAGAAGAGCAUUAAACGCGGAUUUUAUCAUGUCCUCUGACCUAUGUAUUAUUCUAAUUGUAAACGAAUCAAGCACGAGAUCUGUGCUCAAGAUGAGCCAGGUAAUUCUUCUUCUCGGAAGACCAACCAACCAGCCGACUCUCGACUAUUUUAAGUGGUAUCAUUAGGAGCACUCAUUUAAGUUUUCCGCUUUCCCGAUUGUUCACCAACCAACCACCUAGAAUGAGCAUUAAUAUGAACUAUGCUAAAUCACUGAACAUUUUUGCCAGCUCUCCAUUGACAAACAAUAACUAAAGACUUUGAUUUUAUAAAAACAAUAAAUUUGUAAUUAAAAUAACAUAACUAUAAAACAUUUAAGAUUGCUUGAAUUAGUCAAAUUUAAAGAGAAUAAACUAAUUGAAUCGGUCA